UUCUCACUUGCAGAAUAGCUGGGUUGCCAUCGUGCUAUUUAACUUUCUCCAGUUGCUGCUAAAAGAAAAUAAUUUUGGAGACCAUUUUGGCAGUCAUUUGACCAAACACAUUUAGCUUUUGCAAUAUCCUCAGGAAUUAUAAGAAACAUGGAAGAAACAAGAGAGUUAAAGUACAUGUCAGGAUUUGGUAAUGAAUUCAGCUCUGAAGAUCCACACUGCCCUGGAGCUUUACCAGAAGGACAGAAUAAUCCUCAGGUCUGCCCAUAUGGUCUGUAUGCUGAACAGCUCUCAGGUUCAGCUUUUACCUGUCCACGAUCCUCCAAUAGGAGAAGCUGGCUAUAUAGAAUUCUGCCUUCUGCUUGCCAUAAGCCCUUCCAGUCUAUUGAUCAGGGUCAUCUGACACACAACUGGAAUGAAACUGAACCUGAACCCAACCAGUUGAGAUGGAAGCCAUUUGAGAUCCCUACAAUCUUUCAAAAAAAGCUGGACUUUGUAACUGGACUAUAUACUUUGUGUGGUGCUGGUGAGCCAAAGUCAGGGAAUGGGCUGGCAAUUCACAUCUUCAUCUGUAACAACUCCAUGAUUAACAGAUGUUUUUGUAAUUCUGAUGGAGACUUUAUGAUCGUACCACAGCAAGGGAAACUGCUCAUCACUACAGAGUUUGGCAAGCUGCUAGUGGAGCCGAAUGAGAUAUGUGUCAUUCAGAAAGGAAUGCGUUUUAAGGUGGAAGUAUUUGGAGAAACUCGAGGCUAUAUCCUAGAAAUAUAUGGUGUACAUUUUGAGUUACCUGAUCUAGGACCUAUUGGAGCCAAUGGCUUAGCUAAUCCACGAGACUUCCUUGUGCCCGUUGCCUGGUAUGAAGAUGGCCAAACAGCUGAGGAUUACACAGUGAUCACCAAGUACCAAGGGAAACUCUUUGAGGCAAAACAGAACUGCUCUCCCUUCAACGUUGUGGCUUGGCAUGGGAAUUACACACCAUACAAGUACAAUCUCAGCAAUUUCAUGGUCAUAAAUUCUGUGGCUUUUGAUCAUGCAGAUCCUUCCAUCUUUACUGUCUUAACUGCAAAAUCAACCCGUCCUGGAGUGGCAAUUGCAGAUUUUGUUAUAUUUCCACCCCGCUGGGCUGUGGCCAACAACACUUUCCGGCCACCUUAUUAUCACAGAAACUGUAUGAGUGAAUUUAUGGGCUUGAUCAAAGGGAAUUAUGAAGCAAAGGAACAAGGAUUUUUACCAGGAGGAGCCACUCUGCACAGCAUGAUGAUACCACAUGGACCAGAUGCUGAAUGUUUUAAGAAGGCCAGCACAAGCAAGGAAGGGCCCGAGAAAAUUGCAGAGGGCACUAUGGCCUUCAUGUUUGAAUCUUCCCUUAGCUUGGCUGUGACCAAGUGGGGGCUGAAAACCAGCUUGGAUAAGAAUUACUACAAAUGUUGGGAAGCACUGAAGAUCAAUUUUAAUGACAAAUGUAAAUGAAGAUACCAAAAGUAUCCACAUCCAGUUUCUUCAUUCCCAAGUAGUUCAAGAAAAUCAUGGAAGAAUAUCUUAACCAUUUUGUAUGAAAAUCUGAAAGAAUGAAUGUCUACUAGCUGAAAAAUUAAAAUAACUAAUGUGAAGUGUUUAUGUAAAAUUGUCCAUUAUGAAAUUGGAAAUAUCUGUAAGUCCAUUAUGUCAUACCCAGUAUUAAAAAAGAACAAACAAAAAAGCA